UCCUGGCUUCUCCGUCCUCCAGUCCCUCCUCUGCGGGCAUGAGCUGUGUGACCCUGGAAGUGGGUCCCGAGCAUUCUUCUGCUGCCCAGAGACAGGACACUGUCCCCCCCCCCCCGCCCCGACCAAGGAUGCCCCCACCUGUCCACCUGCAGAGACCCUCACAGGAUCAAGGCCGGCCACCACACUUGGCCGGCCCAGCUGCUCUUUGGCAAGCUUCACCUGGCUUUGAGGGCAGCUGGCCAACACACCUGAUCCACAGGGGUCCCAUGACCACCCCAGCGGCAGACCCUGCAGGGCUGGAGGCCUUGGAACCUGCCCUUGAGUUUCUUGGUCUCAUUGGAACCGACAUAAGAUUUGUUCCUGAAAAAAAAACCCUUUCCAACAGACUCUUGCCUCCCUGACCCCUGCCACAAGCCACGGUGUGGCUGCUGACCACACUUGCCAUGCUGGGGCCGCCGGCUCCGCACGGGGACAUAAAGGACCCUAGAAGCCAGCAUUGGGUCUGUGCCCCUUCCUUCUCCAUCAGCAUUCUGAGACAUUGCAGAAGGGGUCCCCGUAUUUCUUCCCUGAAGGAGGUUUGGAGACGCUGCUGCAGGGUGGAGGCAGGAGUCCCGGUCUGCCGCCGGGCGCUGAGCACGUCUACGCUUUGGAGAAUGUCCUUCUGGUCUUUUCUUUCUUUCGACACGAGAGUUUGUUACAGUUGGCAGCUGCCUGGGUGUCCAUGUGCUGUUCUCUGGGUUCUGGAAGGUGGAGAAGACGUGUAUGACCCCCGCAGGGAGGAGCCCGCCAGCCUAUACUGCCCCGGUGUGCCGUGUCGCCGCCGGGCCCUAACCGGAAGGACCGUGGAGCUGGAGGCGCAGGGCGGAGCUGUCCAGACGCCCGGGCCGAUGGGGGAGGCGACCACGGCCUCGGCAGGACAUAGGCGCAUGACCGGGGGCCUGCGGCACUGAGGGUGGCAGCCGGCUCCCAGUGCCCACACGACGCCAGCAUGCGGCCUGGGACAGGACACCCCUGAGCGCGAGCGCCGGCCCCUUUGGUUCCUCCAGGGUCUCCCGGCCGGUCCCCCUGGGCAGGCGGUGCGGGCUGUCCCACGGAGGCCGUCCACAUGGCCGGGUGCCUCUGGGGCGCGCUAUGGGCGUGCGUGGCGGCCGCCAUCCUGCUGCACGCGGGCGGCCUGGCCCGCGGAGACUGCUGGCUGAUCGAGGGCGACAAGGGUUUCGUGUGGCUGGCCAUCUGCAGCCAGAACCAGCCGCCCUACGAGGCCAUCCCGCAGCAGAUCAACAGCACCAUCGUGGACCUGCGGCUGAACGAGAACCGGAUCCGCAGUGUGCACUACGCCUCGCUGAGCCGCUUCGGCAACCUCACGUACCUCAACCUCACCAAGAACGAGAUUGGCUACAUUGAGGACGGCGCCUUCUCCGGCCAGUUCAACCUGCAGGUGCUGCAGCUGGGCUACAACCGGCUGCGGAACCUGACGGAGGGCGUGCUGCGCGGGCUGGCCAAGCUCGAGUACCUGUACCUGCAGGCCAACCUCAUCGAGGUGGUCACGCCCGGCGCCUUCUGGGAGUGCCCCAACGUCGUCAACGUCGACCUGUCCAUGAACCGCAUCCAGCGGCUGCACGGCACCACCUUCGCCGGCCUGGCCCGGCUGUCCGUGUGCGAGCUCUACAGCAACCCCUUCUACUGCUCCUGCGAGCUCCUGGGCUUCCUGCGCUGGCUGGCUGCCUUUGCCAACGCCACGCACGCCCACGACCGCGUGCAGUGUGAGUCGCCACCGCUCUACGCCGGCUACUUCCUGCUGGGCCAGGGCCGCCACGGCCAGCGCAGCAUCCUCGCCAAGCUGCAGUCCGUGUGCACCGACGGCGCCUACGUGGCUGAGCCACCCCCUGUGCCAGGACGCCUGCCCCCCGGCCGUGCGCCCCCACCGCCCCCGCCCCCGCCGCCCCCCGAGCCCAGCGAGCCCCCCUGUGCCGAUGAGGACUGCUUCUCCGGCGACGGCACCACGCCGCUGGUGGCGCUGCCCACGCUGGCCCCCCAGGCUGAGGCGCGGCCCCUCCUCAAGGUCAAGCAGCUGACACAGAACUCGGCCACUAUCAUGGUGCAGCUGCCCAGCCCGUUCACGCGCAUGUACACGCUGGAGCAUUUCAACAACAGCCGCUCGUCCACCGUGUCCCGGCUGACCAAGCCGCAGGAGGAGAUCCGCCUGACCAACCUAUACACGCUCACCAACUACACCUACUGUGUGGUGUCCACCAGCUCUGGCCUGCACCACAACCACACCUGCCUCACCAUCGGCCUGCCCAAGCCGCCCGGCCCGCCCGGCCCCGUGCCCAGCCCGUCCACGGCCACGCACUACAUCAUGACCAUCCUGGGCUGCCUCUUCGGCAUGGUGCUGGUGCUGGGCGCCGUCUACUACUGCCUGCGCCGGCGGAGGCGCCAGGAGGAAAAGCACAAGAAGGCGGCCGCGGCCGGCAGCCUCAAGAAGACCAUCAUCGAGCUCAAGUAUGGGCCCGAGCUGGAGGCCCCCGGCCUGGCCCCGCUGUCCCAGGGCCCGCUGCUGGGCCCCGAGGCCACCACCCGCAUCCCAUACCUGGCAGCCGGCGAGAUGGAGCCGUACAAGCUGGCAGAGAGCGGCGAGACGCCCAAGGCCAGCAAGGGCAGCUACAUGGAGGUGCGCACGGGCGAGCCUGCAGAGCGCAGGGACUGUGAGCUGGGCCGGCCCGGCCCCGACAGCCAGAGCUCGGUGGCCGAGAUCUCCACCAUCGCCAAGGAGGUGGACAAGGUCAACCAGAUCAUCAACAAUUGCAUCGACGCGCUCAAGUCUGAGGCCACCUCCUUCCAGGGCGGCAAGGCUGGCACCGGGGCUGUGUCCGCGGCUGAGCCACAGCUGGUGCUGCUGUCGGAGCCGCUGGCCGGCAAGCACGGCUUCCUGGCGCCCGUCUACAAGGACGCCUUUGGCCACGGUCUGCAGCGGCACCACAGCGUGGAGGCAGCCACCGGCCCGCCACGUGCUAGCUCCUCGUCCAGCGGCUCCGCACGCAGCCCGCGAGCCUUCCGCGCCGAGGCCACCGGCGCCCACAAGGCUGCAGCUGCCGAGGCCAAGUACAUUGAGAAGAGCUCCCCCGCCACCGACGCCAUCCUCACUGUGACGCCCGCGGCCGCCGUGCUGCGGGCCGAGGCCGAGAAAGGCCGCCACUACGGCGAGCACCGGCACUCAUACCCCGGCUCCCACCCGGCCGAGCCCCCCGCGCCCCCCGCGCCCCCGCCCCAUGAGAGCCUGGGCGGCCGCAAGGCGUCCAUCCUGGAGCCGCUGACCCGGCCGCGGCCUCGCGAGCUGGCCUACUCGCCGCUGUCCCCGCAGUACCACAACCUGAGCUACUCCUCCAGCCCCGAGUAUGCCUGCAGGGCCUCCCAGAGCAUCUGGGAGCGCCUCAGACUGAGCCGCCGGCGCCACAAGGACCACGAGGAGUUCAUGGCGGCCGGCCACGCCCUGCGCAAGAAGGUUCAGUUCGCCAAAGACGAGGACCUGCACGACAUCCUGGACUACUGGAAGGGCGUGUCGGCCCAGCACAAGUCCUGAGCCCACGGCCCGCGCCCACCCCGCACCUUCCCCAGAACUCGUGACGCCCACGGGACCAAAAAGGACACAAGACCCACUGCAGCUAUCGUAACCCAGAGACUCCCACGCAACGCGCCACACACGUACACACGCGUAGACACGCACAGAGACACGUGCACACAGACACGCUCACACAGGGAGACACGCGCACGCGUGCACACAGACACGCUCACACAGAUGUGCACAUGUGUACACAGACGUGCACACAGACACGCUCACACACAGACACACACGCAGCCAGGGUGGAAGCCUGGGGCCCCCAGAGAGCGCAGGGAGGGGGCGCUGCCAGUCCCAACAGAGAAUGAGCCGUGGCCUCCACACACCCACACACACGCACGCGCGCACACACACACACACACACACACACAAGGGACUUGAGAAAACUGUGU